CGUCGACCAAUUCGCUUUACCGGCCGUCCUUCUUGCUCUCUUCCUCAGUCCUCUUCACUCCCCAUCCCCACUACAAAUUAACCCUAAAACCAACCCAUACCACCAAUCCCAUCCAACCUCCACCCCCGCACCAUGACUUCCUCGCCGAAUCCCAACGCCGAAAUCUUCGAAAUCGAAGAGUGCCGCGGCGUCCUCCGCGUCUUCAGCGACGGCUCCAUUAAUCGAAGCUCCGAACCAAGCUUCCUCGUCCCCGUCGACGACGACGGUUCCAUAGAAUUCUCCGACGCCCUCUUUGACCCCAAUCUUAACCUCCAUCUCCGUCUCUACCGCCCUCGCCACCGCCUCGCCACCGACCCCCCUAAACUCCCCAUCUUCUACUACUUCCACGGCGGCGGUUUCUGCAUCGGAUCCCGCACUUGGCCCAAUUUCCACAACUACUGCCUCCGCCUCGCCUCCGAUCUCCGCUCAAUAAUCGUCUCGCCGGACUACCGCCUAGCCCCCGAAGAUCGCCUUCCCGCCGCGAUUAACGAUUCCUUUGCCGCCGUUCUUUGGCUCCGAUCGCAAGCCCUGUGUCCGGAUCCCAAUCCCCUUCUCCAAGAAGCAGAUUUUUCCCAAGUCUUUAUUUCCGGCGACUCCGCCGGCGGGAACAUCGCCCAUCACAUCGCGGUUCGGUUCGGCUCAGAUUCCGGCCGUGCCGAGCUCGAACCGGUUUUGAUCCGAGGCUAUGUUCUUCUCAUGCCUUUCUUCGGUGGGACCCAGCGGACCAGAUCUGAAGCAACUUGUCCUCAUGAGGCCUUUUUGAAUUUAGAGGUCAAUGAUAGAUUCUGGAGGCUGGCCCUGCCGGUCGGGUCGACCACUGAUGAUCCGAUUUCGAACCCAUUCGGGUCGGGCGGACCGGGGUUGAGAGAGGUGUGGUUCGGACCGAUGCUGGUGAUUGUUGGGGGAGAGGAUUUGUUGAGGGAUAGAGCAGUGGAUUAUGCUGAGAGAUUGAAGGAAUGGGGGAAGCCGAUCGAGGUAGUGAAAUUUGAGGGACAACAACACGGGUUUUUUACAAUUCGACCACGAUCUGAACCAGCUGAUAGGCUGAUGCACAUUAUUCACCGGUUCAUGGUUGAAAACGGUUGUAUGCUUGGUUGAAUCAGGUUCAAUUUAGACUGUGUCGUACUUUCUCUAUUUUGCUAGUAAUGUUUGCUUCUUGAACAAGUUCUCCUACAGAUUUAAUGGUGUCAAGCUAAAAUGCAUUUCAAAAUUGAGUCAGGCAAAUUUGCUUGGUAUGAUUAGUAAUAAGGAUAGUUUUGUUUUGGAUUCAAGUAAAAUAUGUUGGCUUGAUAUAUGU